AAACUGGUCUUGCCAAUGGUGGGAACAUCCAUGUUGCUGUUUGAUGUUGUGAAAACAGUCAUGUCUAGCAGUAAUAGGAGGAAACUAGACAGGCUAAGAGUAGCAGUGUUGGGACGAUCGGGAUGUGGGAAGACAGCUUUGACGGUCCGUUACUUAACAAGAAGAUUCAUCGGUGAUUAUGAGAGAAACAAAGAGAAUACUUAUCAGCAGGAUGUUGAGAUUGACGGGCAGAGGAUCAGCCUGGAAAUAUUGGACACAACGUUGGAAAUGCAGCAGGGACGUGUCACCAACAGCAACUCAUUGGAACGAGCUGUGAAAUGGGCGGAUGCUUUCAUCGUCAUCUAUGACGUCACUGAUACAAAAAGCCUCCACAUUGUUACUGAUAUUAAGGCAGUCAUUGACCAACUAAGGAAGAGCAGAGCUCCAACAAUCUUAGUUGGGAAUAAGAUGGACAUGGUUCGGUCUCGGGUUGUUACACCAAAGGAAGGCGAGGAUAUGGCUCAACAAUUGGGCAUCCCUUUCUUUGAGGUUUCCGUUCGGGAGAGCUACGAAGGUAUAGCGGAAUGCUUCGCUAGACUCGUCGUGGAUUGUCGGGGAAUGUCUUCCAAGCCAAGCAUGUUGAAAGGACUCUGGGAUCUCUCGAGAAAGAGAGGAAGAUUCGCAAUGCUUACAAGACAAAGGAGUGUAACUAUGUGACUCUAAGCAUGCGUGAACAGUCAUAAUUACCCUGACGAGGUAUUUAUUUCAGUUUACCAUCCCUUGAUGUAAAUAUGGGUGGAAAUCCAACCUUAAUUGACCAACCAUUUUUAUUUAUUUAUGUAUGUAUUUAUUUAUGUAUUUAAUUUGUUUUGCGCAGAAUAGGAGACUUUUGGGACGCUUGGUGGCAGCAGAACUACCAGGUAAAAUCUACUGUUCUCGGUAUUGUGUGCGUGCCCAGAACUACGAAACAAUGUACAUUACCUUGUAAGUUUGCUGCCACCUAGCAUUCCAAAGUCUCCCAUUGAUUGAAAGCUACGAAGGCCUAUAAG